AUGAAAUCGAGUGAUUACCCACCGCCAAACUAUGAGGAAGCAAGCGGGAAUUCCUCGUUUUCGGGAGCACCAGCAACGGCUCGGACGAUGGGCCUGACGGAUGGCAGUUUUCAUGGGGCGCCAUUUCGUGUGAGUCUAAUUUCAUCCACAUCGCCAGUGUUUGGCCAAAAUCCGAUCGAAACGGAUUGCCCAUUUUGCCAGGCACAUAUUGUGACAUCAACGGAAAGGCAAGCCGGCGUACUGCCACGGAUAAUGAUGCUUGUUUGCUUCCUGCUUGGUUUCUUCUUGAUUUUUCCUUGGUGCCUAUGCUGUGUUCCGUUUUGUACGGAUUGUUGCCUGGAUGUCAUUCAUUCGUGUCCGUCCUGCAAACGAGUUCUCGGGCGAUUUUCAAGGGUAUGA